AUGUAAAUAGUAUUUAUUGAUCAACAAGAUUAUAUUGGAGAUACUUUGAUAAAGUCUUGCUUAUUUUUUGAUUCUAAAAUAUAAAAUUAACUAAUUGAAUUAAAAAAUAUAGAUAAUCUUUUGCUUGAUGGGAUUAAAGUAAAAGAUAUUUAUCUAUAUAGUAAUAUCUAAUCUUCAAUAAUAUUAUUAAAUUAAUGCAACAAAGUUUUAGUUACUAAUAGCAUUUUUAAAAAUAAUACCAAUAGUUAAGGGUUUGGUGGAUCUAUUUAUGCAAUAGAUAAUACUAUUAUUUAAAUAAAUAAUACUAGAUUUUAUUAAAAUAAAUGUUUAAAAUAAAAAGGAGGUGCUAUCAGUAUUUAGAAUAAAAUCACACCAGGAAAUUUAGUUAUUUUUUAAAGUGAAUUUAUUAAUAAUGAAGCCUAUUACUCAACAGGAGGUGCAAUAAACCUUUAUAAUUCUAAUAUGGUACUGUAAAAUUCAACCCUUUCAUCGAAUAAAGCUUAAAUAGGUGGUGCAAUAUAUUAUGAAUAAAUAAUACCAGAUUUUAUUUUAGAAUUUUAAAAAGGAAAAAAUUUGAACAAUAUUAUAUCUUAAAACUAUGCAAAGAUAUAUGGAAAAAAUUUUGGUUCAACUCUAAGAAGAGAACUAUAAUCAAAAUAAUUUGGAGAUAGUGGAUUUGAGCUAAAUGGUUAAAUUAUGUUCAAACCAGAAAAUAGUAUGACACUAGAAAUUGUUUCAAAUAAUUUUCCUUAGCUUAUGGAUUCAAAUGGGAAUAAUUAUUUACAAUAAGGAUAACUUAAAUAAAAUAUCAAAAUUUAUUUUGAUAAAUGUUCUUAAGGAUAAAUUACUAAAUUAUAAAGUAAUUCAACAAUCUGUGAAGAUUGUCCUGAAGGAAAGUACUCUUUAAAUAUACAUGAUACAGUAUGUUCGUAAUGUCCUGACUCAGCUAUUAAAUGUUAUAAAUCAACAAUACUUUUAAAAAAUGGAUAUUGGAGGGAAAAUAUAUAAACAGAUUAAAUAUUAUAUUGCAGUUUUAAUCCUAGCUCUUGUCUGCCUGAGUCUAAAAACUCUAAAAAGGUCAUAGAGGCCCACUUUGCUAUUCUUGUGAUACUUAUGGAGAAUUAUGGGGAAAACAAUAUUCAGAAAUCUUUAGUUCUGGGAAAUGCUAUGAAUGUGAAGACAGUUUAGCUCUUGUUAUUAUAGAAAAUAUAUUGA